AUGGCCUCGCCCGAUGAGCUGGACGCAGCCUCCGUGGCCUCGCCCCACGCGUCUCCCGAACACCGCGACGGGGCGCGCGAGGCUACCGAGCCCUGCGUCGUGUGCAGAGGGCCCACGGUGCUGUGCUGCAGCGGUGGCCGAGUCGGAGAAAGGGGGGGUGGUAUUGGAGGUGUUAGGAGCUCGAGUGAAAGUUGCGAGGAUGUCUUCUAUUGCUCCAUCAGUUGCCAGCAGAAGGAUUGGGCUACACACCGGCUGGCGUGCCACAGGCACUCAGACCAGGUGGCGCAGAAGGCUUUAUCCUCUGCGGUGGUUCUUCCAGAGACCAAGGACAGAGGGCUCCAACGACCUGUCAUCCAAUACAGACUGACAGCUACACAUCCACAGGAGAUCCCUGCCUUCAAGCAAGAGAUCGUGCUGGCGGGUCGUGAGCAUGCAAUCAAAGGUGCUGAGGAGAAGCGUGAGCAGCUGAGAGCUGCUGCAGUGGCCGCUUCCAGGGACCGACGCUAUAUGGACGUCUUAGACUCAGCCAUGCAGGCAUACCAAAUGGGUUCAGCUGAGUCUCGGCGACGCACUGCGGGUGAACCGGAUGUCGACCUGAACCAGCUCGUGGAGCUCCUGCUGCUGGCGCGUGCCACACAUGUGGCCGGGGAGCAUGCCUCGGGAUUGAAAUAUUUGGACCAUUUGGCGAAGAUGGUCGAUAGCUUGACAGGUGCUGAUGGCAACUUGCCCAUUUUCCACCCUUGCUCUGCCGCCACGCUGCUGUUGUGCACCGCUGAGCUGUGCUUGCUGUUCGGCCAGCAGGAACGCGCCACCGAUUACAGCCGUGCCUACUUGGCAAUGGCCCGAUUGGCACAUGGUGAGGGCUCCCCUGCGGCAGGGGAUGCCUAUGGGUUUCAUGCGGCCCUGCUGACACGCAGAGGAUCCUUGGAAGAGGCAUUGCAUCAUACCAUGAUGAUGCUCCAGGUACGGCAGCGAUGUGGCAGUGAAAAGUCUGUGGCAGAUGCUCAUUGGAACAUCGGUGUUUUGUUGCGAGAGCUGCAUCAGUAUACCUCUGCGCUGGAAAGCCUCGAAUCCUCGAGAGAGAUCUACUCCCGUUGCUCGGGCGAAGGCCUUGAGACCUCUCAAACUGAGUCUAGGCGAAGCAUCGAAGGGGGGCGACCCGCGUCGGGUCGGGGUGAACCACGCGGGUCGAUGGGUGUCCCGUCCGACCUCGUUCAGCGGAUGGAGCUGGAGGUACAGAAAGCACGAUGA